AUGGAUGGUAGCAAUCGCGGUGAUAAUGUGUUAAGAGAGUCAGAAGAGUCACUUGAAAUACUUGUGAUGAUGAACCCGGGUGAUAUUGGGAUGACUAUAAUUGACUCCGGUGAGACAAACUCAGAACAAAACAGUGAAUCUCAAGACGCACAGUCUUUAAUUGUGUUCGGCAGUGCUCGACCAGUAGAUAUGACAUCUAAUUUAUCUACACAUACCCUUUCGUUUCCGGCAAGUCAGCCUAUGGAAGUAGAACCGCACGAUACAGGUAAAGUCGAAUUGUGGUGUUAUUUUAAGUUAUCAUCGAUUUAUUUAGAACCUGCUGCUGAAGUACCGUUUGCGGCAAUUCCUCGACUUUUUGGUCCCGCAGAAGAUUUUAUCGUACAAUUUGCUACACAAGUUCAAACUGUCAGUCCAGCGAUGGACCUUGAUUUAUAUUUGGCUACUCGUCCGUAUGACCGUGAAACAACAGCCGAGCUUCUUGGUAAAUAUAUCUACGACGUUGUUGACACCAACUUGCUUUUUCUUAUUUUCAAAGUUGAGAGUCCAGAUUUACUUCCUGUAGAAGUAGUUGAAAUGACGGUGGACGAAGAACCACACAUUCAGGCAGAUAUAGAUCAAAUUCCUGGUGAGCAUGUGGUUGGCGAUCAUGUUCAGAACAACACCGAAAAUGAAGGUAUUAAUAAUGUCCCAGAAAUCACGGUAUCUCCUCCUGAGGCUCCGGGACUCAUCGAGGAUGGACAUACGAAUGAGUCGUCCGAGGUUGAACCCCUACCAAUAGUUGGGCCAGUUGGUAACAGUGAGCAAAUUGAUACGGCAGAUAUUGAUUCACCAGUUCUUCAUCAUCCUGGAUUGCAACAAUUACUGGCAACACCGUCACCACCUGUAGAAGCAAUGGAUCAAACACCAACUGUUACUGCAACGACAGAGAAUUCUCAACUGUCAAUCACCACGACCGCUCAUCUUGGAGUUCUUAUAUUACCAUUGGCAAGGGAACGAAGGUCGAAAUCAUCAAGCGUAGCCCGACGUUUCCAUUUUAACGAUAGGCGACGAAAUUCGAAUCCAGAAACGAAGCUUGUAUAUCAAACCAAUCGCAGCGAAUGA